UGUCCCUUUUCGGGACAACCUCCAAUCAGGGCUACAAGGGGUUCCCCCCCCACCCAGGCCGCCCAGCGGUGAGCAAACAAGUUUCCAAAUUGUCCUCUGGGGCUGAAGUUGACCCACCGCGAAUUCUCUUUCUCUUUCCUUUCUCUGGUCCAAACCAACAGCACAGUCGGUGGAAAGGCAAAGAGCCACGUUCACGUUCCUGAACCGUCAUGACGGACGGGUGGAGGGAGUCGCACUUCCGAGGCGAGGAAGCCCCGGCGGCCCCGCACCCCGGGCGCCCCCUCCCACUCCCCAGCUGACUGCACCGCCCUCGGGAAGAUGAAGAGCUUGGCUGGAGUUGUUUUGCCUUUCCGGUGGCCCUGAUCAGGUGUCCCCGCCCCCUCCCGCCGGUCGCCUCCCCUCGCAGCCCGCUCCCUGCGCCCCCUCCCGGCCCGGCCCCUCCUCCCCCGCCCCCCUCCGGGCUGGACCGCGGAUGGUACGUUCCGCACGUGAGCUGGGUGCUGGUCUGGCCGGCGACGCGCGUGCCCUGUGGCCAAACACUGCCCGGAGUGAGAGCAAACUCCCAGCGCAGUGGGGCCGGCGCGAGUGUGCGUGCGUGUGUGUGCGUGUGUGUGCGAGAGAGCAAGCGCGGCGGGAGGGGGGGGACCAACUGCUUCACACUUUCAACACUGCACUGAAGAGGGAGAGAGAGAAAGAGAGAGACUGGAGACCUACAGAUCCCCCAAGAUCUCCCAAAGCUACCGUCCCACAGAUUAUAAACCCCAAAAAUCGAAACAGAGGAAACGGACAGCGGUUGAACAUGGACGAAGGAAUUCCUCAUUUGCAAGAGAGACAGUUACUGGAACAUAGAGAUUUUAUAGGACUGGAUUAUCCCUCUUUGUAUAUGUGUAAGCCCAAAAGGAGCAUGAAGCGAGACGAUAGCAAGGAUACCUACAAAUUACCGCACAGAUUAAUAGAAAAGAAAAGAAGAGACCGAAUUAAUGAAUGCAUUGCUCAGCUGAAAGACUUACUGCCUGAACAUCUAAAGUUGACAACUCUGGGGCAUCUGGAGAAAGCGGUAGUCCUGGAAUUAACUUUGAAACACUUAAAAGCUUUGACAGCCUUAACGGAGCAGCAACAUCAGAAGAUAAUUGCUUUACAGAAUGGGGAGAGAUCUCUGAAAUCGCCCAUUCAGUCCGACUUGGAUGCGUUCCACUCGGGAUUUCAAACAUGCGCCAAAGAAGUCUUGCAAUACCUCGCCCGGUUUGAGAGCUGGACGCCCAGGGAGCCGCGGUGUGUCCAGCUGAUCAACCACUUGCACGCCGUGGCCACCCAGUUCUUGCCCACCCCGCAGCUGUUGACUCAACAGGUUCCUCUGAGCAAAGGCACCGGCGCGCCCACGGCCGCCGCCCCCGCCGGCUCCGGGGCCGCCCCCUGCCUGGAGCGCGCGGGGCAGAAGCUGGAGCCCCUCGCCCACUGCGUGCCGGUCAUCCAGCGGACUCAGCCCAGCGCCGAGAUCGCCGCCGCCGAGAACGACACGGACACCGACAGCGGCUACGGUGGCGAGGCCGAGGCCCGGCCGGACCGCGAGAAGGGCAAAGGCGCGGGGGCGAGCCGCGUCACCAUCAAGCAGGAGCCCCUCGGGGAGGACUCGCCGGCGCCCAAGAGGAUGAGGCUGGAUACCCGUGGCGGCGGCGGCGGUGGCGGCCCGGGGGGCGGCGCGGCGGCGGCGGCGGCCGCGCUCCUGGGGCCCGACCCGGCCGCCGCGGCCGCACUGCUGAGACCCGACGCCGCCCUGCUCAGCUCGCUGGUGGCGUUCGGCGGAGGCGGGGGCGCGCCCUUCGCGCAGCCCGCGGCCGCCGCGGCCCCCUUCUGCCUGCCGUUCUACUUCCUCUCGCCUUCGGCGGCCGCCGCCUACGUGCAGCCCUUCCUGGACAAGAGCGGCCUGGAGAAGUACCUGUACCCGGCGGCGGCCGCCGCCCCGUUCCCACUGCUGUACCCCGGCAUCCCCGCUCCGGCCGCCGCCGCCGCUGCCGCCGCGGCCGCCGCCGCCGCCGCCGCCUUCCCCUGCCUGUCCUCCGUGUUGUCGCCCCCUCCCGAGAAGGCGGCGGCGGCCGCCGCAGCCGCGACCCUCCUGCCGCACGAAGUGGCGCCCCCUGGGGCCCUGCACCCCGCGCACCCGCACGGCCGCACCCACCUGCCCUUCGCCGGCGCUCGCGAGCCCGGGAACCCGGAGAGCUCCGCUCAGGAAGAUCCCUCGCAGCCUGCAAAGGAAACCCUCUGAAUCCGUGCUCCACUGAAGAGGGGACCAGGGGUCACGCGGAAUAAUCAUAUUAAUAAGUUAAAACACCCUUAACGUUUUUAAGGGAGGAAGUGUAAGAGAUGCACGACAGGCUUUAAAAAAAAACAACAACACAGGUGUUUUGUGUACAUGUGGAGUUCCUGUUUUGCUCACCCCUCACCGCCCGCUAUCCUCACACACCUACAUCCCUUUUUCCCCCCCCCCACAGCUGUCAAAGAACCUCAUAGAUACCGAUUCUUUUCUUUCUUUGAAGAACUCCCCAUAAUAAGUUUGGCCUUCUUUUAGGCCACGUUCCAUUCUCUUUUAAAAUACAGAACCGAAUUCUCGAGGAAGUGAGAACGGUCUGCUCUCUGAACCAGGGUAGGAGAAGGUAACGUGGAACCCCAGGUAGCUGGUCUCUGCCUGCGUCUCAGAGCUGUCCUGCCUGCUUUAGGAGGCUUUCCACAGGCAGAAGGAGGACCUUUUCGAAUUCGACUUACUCUUCAGUAUUUUAUAAUGUUCAGCUUUUUUAAAGGCGUGCAUUUGUCAAAGAGGAAGAGGGGAGAGUGCAGGCGCUCGCGUUGCAACCCAUUCUGAAGUGGUCUGAGUGGUGUCUCUUAGUACUUGCACUCGUUUAAAAGAGAUGCGGAGUUGGGCCAUGGUCGGAACUAAGUCAGGGAAAGAGAUGGAUGAGGAAGGCCAGAGUCAUUCUCAGUACAUUUGCUAGCACUUUAUUGAGAAAUUGACCGUGAAUCAAUUAACUCAUCUUAAUUUCAUAUAUAUAUACAUAUAUAUGUGGAAUUGAGUGCCUCUGUUCUUACCCUGUCAUUAUUUAAUCCAUCGUUUCUAAGUUUGUAUCAUCUUCCUGUUAAAACAAAAAAGAAUGUGCACUGAACUUUAAAAAGUCCAAACUGAUUUAUCGUAUAUUCUGUUAAUUCACAAAAGUGGAGGAGGAAGGCAUGGACAGCUUCCUUUGGAAAUGCUGUAAACAUGUGGAAUGGAGCCCUGUGAGGCCUUCCUGUCUCCAAGUCUAUGUAUUUUCUGGAGACCAAACCAGAUACUAGAUAAUCACAAAGAAAGCUUUUUUAAUAAGGCUUAAACCAAGACCUUGUCUAGAUAUUUUUAGUGUGUUGCCAAGGUAGCACUGUGAGAAAUCUCACUUGAAUGUUAUGUAAGGGGUGAGACACAACAGUCUGACUAUGAGUGAAGAAAAUAUCUGGGUCGUUCAGUCCGUUUGGUGCAUUUGCUGCUGCUGUUGCUACUGUUUGCCUCAAACGCUGUGUUUAAACAACGUUAAACUCUUAGCCUACAAGGUGGCUCUUAUGUACAUAGUUGUUAAUACAUCCAAUUAAUGAUGUUCUGACAUGCUAUUUUUGUAGGGAGAAAAUACGUGCUAACGAUAUUUUGAGUUAAAAUAUCUUUGGGGGAGGACUUGCUGAAAAGUUGCACUUUUGUUACAAUGCUUAUGCUUGGUACAAGCUUAUGCUGUCUUAAAUUAUUAAAAAAAAUAAAUACUGUCUGCAAGAAACCAGCUGGUUUAGAAAAGUUUAGUAUGUGAAGAUAAAACUAGAAAUCAUCUUUAUAUUCUAGUAUUUUCAGCACUCCAUAAAUUCUAUUACCGAAAAUAAAUAUUGCCACGCUA